AUGAAGCAAUUCUUUGGAGCAACAUUGCUAGUUUGCUGCCUAUUGGCCGGCUCGGCCAUCGCAAGUCAGCCAGAGGCAGCUCGCUUCGACAACUACAAGGUCUACAAGGUCUCUGUCAAGGAUGAGGCCCAGCUGGCUGAGUUCAAGAAAUUGGGAAACAAUCUGCCAGUGACCUAUCUGCAAGACGUCGGCGGUGCUGACCGCGAGUAUGACAUUGCGGUUGAUCCGGCCAACCAGCAGCGCUUGGAGCAGCUGCUCCAGUAUUUGGAGCUGGCCUGGAAUGUGCAAAUCAACGAUCUGCAAGACAUUCUCGAACAGGCUUUAUAUAACAGCACCUCUCCUAUGGACUGGGACUCGUACCAUUCGCUCGAUGUGAUCUAUGAUUGGAUAGACAGACAGUGCUUGCGCAACUUCUUGUUCGUUAAGUGUGAGGUUAUUGGCUUCUCCUAUGAGGGACGUCCAAUUAAGAGUUUGACGAUAUCUAAGCGACAAGGAAACAAGGCCAUAUUUAUUGAAGGAAAUAUUCAUGCGGUCGAGUGGAUUUCAUCGGCCACCGUCACCUACCUCUUGAAUGAGUUGCUCAACUCUGACGAUCCCAGCAUUCUUCAACUGACCUGGAACUAUGAUUGGAUCUUUGUGCCCGUGCUUAAUCCCGAUGGCUUUGUCUAUACCCAUGACGUGAGCCGUUUGUGGCGUAAGAACCGUCGUCCAACUGGCUUCAGCAACUCCUCAGGCAUCUGCUAUGGCAUCGACAUGAACCGCAACUUCGGUUUCCACUGGGGCGGUGCCGGCUGGAAUAUUGAUGUGCCCUGCGAUCAUUGGUAUGGCGGUGCUGAGCCCAACUCUGAGCCCGAGGUCCAGGCCCUUGAGAGCUUCGUCUCAGCUCUGCCAGACGGCUACGUCGGCGCCUACAUUGCCAUGCACUCCUAUGGCCAGUACCUGCUGCUGCCCUAUGGCCAUACCACCACCGAAUUCCCAGAGAACUACGAUCAAAUGUUGCGCAUUGCCAAGGCUUUCGCCGAUGCUGCUGUGGUGCCCUACGGCACAAAUUUCACAUAUGGUGCCAGCGGUAUCUUGAGCUACGUCGUCUCUGGUGCUGUCAAGGAUUGGGCCUAUGGCGUUAAGGGCAUUCCCUUCACCUGCACCCUGGAACUGCGUGACAGAGGUCAGUAUGGUUUCUUCCUGCCCGCUGCUCAAAUCAAGGAGGUCGGCGUCGAGGUUACCCUGGGUUUGAGAGCUCUGAUUGCUAAGGGCACAGAGGAGGGCAUCUUCGGCUAA